AUGCCACGGUUACUCCACUUCAGCGAAACGAACUCGAACGGUUCCGUCUCCGCGACGCGGGCAAAUACGCUCACGAGCUAUUCAAGAUUUCAAGCGGCGCGGGCCCAUGCAAAUGUUCGAAAGAGAGAGAACUCUCCAGAGGCGACCCUCGAUAGUGCCCCAGUGACCUAUGAUUUACUGGUGCUCCGCCAGCGCAAGGCCCCAUUACGCCAUUGUUGUCUCGGAUAUAUUGGCUUGCGCCCGUCGAGUGCCGCGCUGCGUUCUGAU